GAUUUAUUUUAUUAAUUAUUAUUAAUGUGUUGUAUAUUUUAUUUUUAUUUUUAUUAAUUUUAUGAAAUUGUUGUAUUUUUAUUUGAAUACUGGUGAGGUUUUUUGGCAGUUUUCCCUUGCCCUAGCAACAAAUGUUGGUAUCCUAUGACAUUCUGCCAAAUAAAAUAUUUUAUUUUUAUUUAAAUGUGUAUUUUAUUUAACAAAUUAUUUAACCUUCCUUUUCUUAUUCUGUAUUAUUAAGUAGCGAUUACUUAAUUUUUAAUUUGUAUUUUAUAUAUGUGUAUUUAUAUAUGGAAAAUGUAAAGAAUAUAUUAAUAUUUCCCUACAUUUAUAAAAAAAUUUGUAUAGGCUACCAAAGGUCUCCUUUCUGUCAGUAAUAAAUACUUCACUGAAGCAUCAUCUGACGCGCAUGCGCGAAAAAGCGGGCCCGUCUGACAACACUGUGUUAGAUACGUGUUAGCAAUGUGUCAAUCACGUUUCGAACAUCGAACAGUUGAGAUGUUGCUGACAAGAAACCUAACAUGCGACGAGUUAGCACGUCACAGUGACGUGCUUGUUUCGUUUAGUGCAGGCAUGGCCCCGUGAGCGCCUACAAAACAUGCGAGGAGGAGAACGUGCUCCCUCUUUGCACGGUUGCUUCUUCCCAUCUUCUGGCUCCGCAAUCCACCUAUCCCCUCUAUACGACCGCUCUCGGUCCCUACUAUGCUACAGUAUGUGCACGUGACUCGCGCGUGUGGAAGAAAAAGCGGAGAAGCUCGAGUUAUAGUUUGUGGGCCAUGCCUGGUUUAGUGCAAGCAGGGAUGGGUUUGGAAAUGCUUCCUUUCCAAGUUAUAAACAUUUUUUUGAUUUUACAAAAAUUGCUGGAAAUGAUUUCAUCCUGCAUCAAUGCAUGCUUUGCAACGUCGCAUGAAUUGUCGAAUUGUUCACAAAUUCCCGGAGUAUUUCGUAUUUUUUCACACGCAGCGAUAAUACGAAUUCGGAGUACUUCCACAGUAGCAACAGAAGUAUCAUACACGAGUCUUAAGACGAUGCUGGACCGGUCUCUAUAUGUGCUUAUUUUUGUGCACAGAUAACUCUUAAUUGGCUUUACAGAUCACAAAAUCCUUUUACACAAUUAAAGUAAUGACAAAAACACACCUCGCUAGUUAUAAUUAAAUACAAAAAACGAAAGUUGAUUAAAAAAUUAUAGUUUAAUUAUCGGCUUCUGCAGCCGACACGUAACAAUACAUACCCAUAUAAAAGUUUUAGACAUUGUGUGUAUGAAAUAACUAGCUAGCGAGGUGUGAAUUAAAUCAAAGAACAAUACGGUGCUUGCAAAAUAAUCUUAGAAACUUUAGUAUAAAAGAUAUAAAUGUAUGAAAAUUGUUUAUGUAAUUUUCACGUGUAUUGGUGCGAAGAGCAGAAAUUGGGUUCAUUGUAGUUCAGAGAUCUUGCAUUAGAGGCGUUGAAGUCAAAAAAACAAAGACAGAUGAGUGCGUUUGACAAAGUGCGCUAGCCUAUUCCCCUUACUCUUUGCCUCACGUGCGACCCAUAGUUCAUCGAAAAAAAAUCUACAGCAAUCUGCAGUACCGACGUUGAGUGAGUUUCACCGUCAGUCCAGCAUCGCCUUAAGAUGUCCCCAUAAGUAAAAAUUCAAAGGGUUCAAAUCGGGAGAACGUGCAGGUCAAGCGAUGAGUCUUCCCCUAUCAAUCCGUCUAUUGAUGUAUGUAUUAUUCAGGAAUUCUCAAACAAUGCGGCUGAAAUGUGCUGGAGCUUUAUCAUGCAUGAACCACAUUUGAUUGCGUAUCUGUAGUAGAACGUCUUGUAAUAAUAUAAAGAGUUGCGUUUCCAAUAAUUAUCUGUAGUUGUUACUAUUAAAUGUAGAAAGAAAAAUCGGUCCAAAAGUGCAUAAAAAGGGAGCAGCCUCUGACGACCUUGAACUUGACCUGUACAACUUUUCCUUAUAAAUUAAUUGGCGCUUUUGUACAGUUUUUGAUAUAUACUUAGAGAAAGAAAAAACAGUUUUUCUUAAUUAUUUCAAAAAAUAUUCAUUUUACAAAAAAAUGUAUUUACCCCAAAAAUUAUUAAUAUAUGAAAAAUGUUAUUUGAUAAAAGGUAUUAUUUUAGAUCUCUGUAUUUAAGUAGUUCUUAAAAAAUGUUCUACUCUUUUUAUUACAAAAAUUAUAUUGCAUGACAUACUAAUGCCUGUACCGCAUGUAUAAAUUAUUCACGAUUUUCUUGGAGAAGCAAUAAAUAGCGCAAUUUCAUAUGCUGUGGUAAUAAGCGAUCGCAAAUGCGAUAUCAAAGUAGUAAUUAAACCAUGCUAGAUACAAAAUGAUUUUACUGGAUCUCUUCUGUUUUAAUUUUUAAUGUGGAUCAAUACAUGCACGAAUCGAUUGCACGCGAGUUUUAUGACGCUCGAUGUAAACAACGUCAGUCGUAAUCUCAAAUGAUCACGCGAGUAUUCGGGAUAUUACUUGUGCUGUCAGCAUCACCGUGAUAAAAUGUAUUACGGGAGUUUCCAUUUUGUGUUACAUACUUAGAUAUAUAGCUUUUUUGUUCCAAUCAAUUGCAAGGUUUGCACUUAUUAAAGAGAGAAUUUUGGAUUAUUAUCAUCAAAAAAAUAUUAAAUAUUGUAAACCUUUAAUUAAUUACAUUUUUAUCUUUUAACGAUUGUUUUUGUGCUAGAAAAUUAAGAUUCAUGAUAAUUAUUUGAUGAAAAAUUUGAUAAAAAAAUUCCAUUAAAUAUUGUAAAAUUGAAAAGUUGUUAAUUAUAAUAAAUUCUUUCUUAUUCAUACACACACACACACACACACACACACACACACACACACACACACACACACACACACACACGUGCGCGCGUGUGUGUAUAUAUAUCUUGGUCGUUAUUUUGCAGAUAUAAGUCAACUGCUUUGAUAAGGUAAGUGCAUACCUAAACAGAAUUAUUGGUCGUGAUAAGGAUAUGCUUUUAUCACAAAUUUUAUUUCCAAAUUGAGCUUAACUGUAAUAGAUACUAUUAUUUUGGAAAAUAUUUGUGAUAUUAUUACUUAAUAUUACUUAAGUUUUUAUGUACACAUACCUUAGUAGCAAUUUGCCGUAAGAUUACUAUAAAUCUUGCAGUAAAUUCUUGACAGAUUCUGAUAGACUAGAACAUUACAAUCUACUUUCUCAUUCUGAUCAAGUUUUCUGAAUCUGCAAUCAAAUUCUUGCAAGAAACUUGCACAUAUUUGCUACAAGAAUUGGAAAGAAUCUGCUUCAAGAUAGUUCGAUUUGCAGCAAGUAUUUGUAAAUAGUUCAUUUACAUGUGCGAAUUUCGUAGCAGACUGCUGACAGACUACCAGAAAGGCCAUAUUGGGAAUAACUUUUCGUAUUUGACUCAAUUGUACUGCAAUUAACUCCACGCAGAUUCUGCUCUACAGAAAAUGCUGCAAAGAUAUAUUUAUGCAUACAUAAAAACAGUAAAAAAAUGUUUUCUUUGUUAAGUGCUUUUUAUUUACAUUUACAAUUUAACCUUUAUUACAUUUUUCUUACAAUUAUAAAAUACUUUCUCAUUUACAAUAAUUAAUCUAUUGUAAUUUCAAGACUAAUUUGCAAACUUAUAUUAUACAUGUAGUUAUGUAAAUAAUACAUACCUAUAAUAGCUUAAAUAAUAAUUUAUUGUAAGUUAGUUAACUUCUUUAGUAUCUAAUUUAAAAAGAAUUUGAAUUACAGAUGUGGAGUGAAAAUAAUAAAGUUAAAGGUAAAGAAAAUACCAUUACCAAGAAAGGAGGGGUGACAAAAAAUUCGGAAAGAUCAAAACUUUCGAGGAUGAAAAUGAUAUCAAAAUAUAUAAAAUUUUAUUGUCAUUAUUCCACUUUAAACGGUUUGAAAUAUCUUGCUAAUUCUCGAAGACCUUGGUUUGAAAGAAUUUUGUGGAUUAUAAUACUAAACCUAAUUAUAUCUGUUUUGGUGAUUAUGGUUUAUAUUUCCUGUCAAGAAUUUGUAACAACACCUUUACUAACUUCCAUGGAAACAGAUACUUACAAAACGACCGAUUUAAGCUUUCCAGGAAUUGCCAUUUGCUCCAUUAACAGGAUAAGUCAACAAUCCGCAAUUAAUCUGGCGACCGAUAUUUUUAACGCAAAAAUCUCGAACCAAUCAGUCGAUGAAAUUCGCAAUUUGAUCAUGGAUUUGGGCAGUCUUUAUGCUUCCGUUUUCAAGAUAAAUGUAAAUCGUAAUGAGGAACUAGAGAAACUUUUAAACACUUACUACAAUGGAUCUUAUGACGUUACCAAUCUGAUGAAAGAUCUGACACCAAAAUGUUCAGUGAUGCUGUUAAAGUGUAAGCUGCAUGGGUUCGAUAAAAAUUGCUCGGAUAUUUUUGAGUUUCGCAAGACACAAGAUGGUUACUGUUGUACCUUCAAUUAUGUACGUGAAAGCGAUGACAUUCUCGAAUUGAACGAUACAAUAAAACUGAUUGAUACAAUUAAAGUAAUGGAUCUUGGAAUAGAACGUGGUCUAACGGUUGUCAUGGAUCCACUUUUGGAUGAUUAUUUCUACCCAACAAUACCCAUUAAGGGUUGGAAAGUGAUUGUGUUUAAUCCUACUGAUUAUCCGGAUAUGACCAGCGGUGGUGUUACAGAGAUCCUCGCAAUGCCUCUUUCCGAAACGUUUAUGGAUAUAACUACGACAGCCUUCCUUAGUACUCAAAUUAUUGAAAGUUUUCCUAGAAAUGAACGCAAUUGCAUUUUCACGCAUGAGACGCAUACAACGAAUGACGGUACAAUGUAUACUUACAGUGAUUGUAUUGUCGAUUGUAAAAUUGAUAGCAUACAAGAGUCCUGCGGAUGUAGGCCAUUCAUUUAUCCACGUCGCGGCAGAAACCAGUGUUAGUAAAAUACAUUAAUAAUUUUCUUAAUUUAAUUAUUAAUGUUGUUUUUUCAGAAAAUGUUUGGAUUUACAAACAUUUUUACAAUUAGUUUACACUUAUAACGGAU